GAGCGGCGCUCUGAGGGUCUGCCUCUCCGCUUUCCUCUGCUUUUAGACGGAGGAGGAAAAGAGGUCCACACCAGGCGCCGCUGGGAUCUUGUUUCCACUCUCCAGCUAUCGAACCGCUGCCGCAUUUGGUUUUGAUCAAACACAAAACACAUUUUUCUCUGUGGAGGCAGGCUCAGGGGAAUGAGUAGCGGGGGAAAUCGACCGUGACUUUUUCGGAGGAGAAAGUGGCUCCUGGUGCCAACAGGGCAGAGAGUUCCUGCUGCUGCUAGCGGACCAUCACCGAGGGCUGGAGACAACAGCUAGCUCACUUCCUCUGUAUGUUGUCUCCGAAAUAACACCACAGCGCCGAGAUGGACCUGAAGCUGCUCUUGAUAUCUACAUUGUUAGUGUUCUGUUACAGUAAUGCUCAGAAAGAGGGGAACGAGUGCAUCAAUGCCAACGCCAAAUACUGCGGGGAGUGCAUCCAGGCUGGAGCAAAAUGUGGAUGGUGUAAAGACCCAGACUUCCUGAAACAGGGGGAGACCGUGUCAACCCGUUGUGACGAGCUGCAGUCUCUCAUUAAAAGGGGCUGCAAUGAAGCGAUGAUCGAAAACCCACACGGUGAGCGAAGGGUUCUCGAGAACAAAGCAGUGACAAAUCGCAAGAAGGGAGAAGGGAAACUGAAGCCAGAGGACAUCACUCAGAUCCAGCCCCAGAAACUCAGCCUCACACUCCGAUCUGGUGAGCCCCAGUCUUUCGACUUGAAGUUCAAACGAGCAGAAGAUUAUCCCAUCGACCUGUACUACUUGAUGGACCUGUCCUACUCCAUGAAGGACGAUCUGGAGAACGUGAAGAACCUGGGAACCAGUCUGAUGCUGGAGAUGUCAAAGAUCACCUCUGACUUCAGGAUAGGUUUUGGUUCCUUUGUGGAAAAGACAGUCAUGCCAUACAUUAGCACCACCCCGGCCAAGCUGCUGAAUCCAUGCACGGGCGACCAGAACUGCACCAGCCCGUUCAGCUACAAGAAUGUCCUGAAGCUGACCAGCGAUGGCAAGAGGUUCAACACCCUGGUGGGCCAGCAGCAAAUCUCUGGAAACCUGGACUCUCCUGAGGGGGGCUUCGAUGCCAUCAUGCAAGUUGCUGUGUGUGGGGAUCAGAUUGGUUGGAGGAAUGUGACUCGUCUGCUGGUGUUCUCCACCGAUGCUGGCUUCCACUUCGCUGGCGAUGGCAAACUGGGCGGCAUCGUUCUGCCCAAUGAUGGAAAAUGUCACUUGGAGAACAAUAUGUAUACAAUGAGCCACUACUAUGACUAUCCCUCCAUCGCUCACCUCGUCCAGAAACUGAGCGACAACAACAUUCAGACCAUCUUUGCAGUCACAGGGGAGUUCCAGCCUGUUUACCAAGAGCUGAAAAAUCUCAUACCAAAGUCUGCAGUGGGCAUUCUGUCUGACAACUCAAGCAACGUCAUCAAUCUUAUUAUAGACGCUUACAAUUCUCUCUCGUCUGAGGUUAUUCUGGAGAACAGCAAGCUUCCAGAGGGAGUGAGCAUAGCUUACACAGCUCGCUGUAAGAACGGAGUGGUUAGUGAGGGCGAAAAUGGACGCAAGUGCUCCAACAUCUCCAUCGGAGACGAGGUCACAUUCAGCAUCAGUGUGACAUCUAAGGGCUGCCCGAAAAAAGGCAAGCCUGAGACCAUCAAAAUAAAACCCCUGGGAUUCACAGAGGAGGUGGAGAUUACCCUCCACUUCAUCUGUGAGUGUGAAUGCCACAAAGAUGGUAUCAAGAACAGUCAACUCUGCCACUUUGGUAACGGGACCUACGAGUGUGGAGCCUGCAAGUGUAAUGAUGGACGUGUGGGCAGACGGUGUGAAUGCAGCAGCAAUGACGUGGCCACAGAGGACAUGGACCGGACUUGUCGUAAAGACAACGGUACUGACAUCUGCAGCAACAACGGAGACUGCGUGUGCGGCACAUGUGAGUGCAAGAAGAGAGACAACCCGGAGGAGAGGUACAGCGGCCAGUACUGCGAGUGCGACAACUUCAACUGUGACCGCUCUGGAAACAAACUGUGCGGAGGGCAUGGACGCUGUGAGUGCAGAGUGUGUAUCUGUGACCCCAUGUGGACCGGAAGCGCCUGUGAUUGUUCUUUGGACAACAGCACGUGUUUGGCCAGCAACAAGCAGAUCUGUAACGGAAGAGGAACGUGUGAAUGUGGCACCUGCAAGUGUACUGACCCCAAGUUCCAGGGUCCCACCUGUGAGACUUGCCCGACCUGUCCAGGAGUCUGUACUGAGCACAAAGAGUGCGUCCAGUGUCGGGCGUUCGGCACUGGUGAGAAGAAGGACACGUGCGAGAGAGACUGCAGCUACUUCAACCUGAUUAAAGUGAAGGACAGGGACAAGCUGCCCCAGCCCAAUGACGCCACUUACCCCGUGAUGCACUGCAAGGAGAGGGACGCCAACGACUGCUGGUUCUACUACACCUAUGCUGUCAACAACAACACGGAGAAAGAGGUCCAUGUGGUGGACACGCUGGACUGCCCCGCCGGUCCUGACAUCAUCCCCAUCGUGGCGGGCGUGGUUGCCGGCAUCGUCCUGAUUGGCUUAGCCCUGCUGCUCAUCUGGAAGCUGCUGAUGAUCAUCCACGACAGACGAGAGUUCGCCAAGUUUGAGAAGGAGAAGAUGAACGCCAAAUGGGAUACGCAAGAAAACCCCAUAUACAAGAGUCCUAUCAAUAAGUUCCAGAAUCCAAACUAUGGACGUAAAGCUGCUGUCCUUUAAGGUGAAAAUCCCAUCUACAAAAGUGCUGUCACGACUGUGGUCAAUCCCAAAUAUGAAGGAAAAUGACGGCAUCACAGUUUUCAGUGAACUCUGCUAUCAAGUAUCCGACAACUGCAGUAUUUGCCGAGGGGUUUGGGGUCUGAGGGGAGCUUAAUGUGGAAUUUAUGUUGUUUCUUCCUGUCGCUUUUACAAUUAUAAUGUACCACACGGCCACUGCAUCUGUAUUUUUACUAACACUUAUGAUUUAUAUGCAUUUGUUGUAUUUUAGAUGUACAGUAUACAGUAUGUGUAUAUACUUUUAAGUUGCAUAUUUGCAGAAAUGAUGACAUGAAGGUGCUUUGUUUUUCCUGCCACAGGACUGGUAUGGGUGGAGGAUUUAGCUUUGUUUUUUUUUUAACAACACAAUGUGGACUCUAUGGAUACACAGUAUAUGUACAAGAACUCCUCAGCUUCUCGUUCUCGGACACUUCUCUUGUCGUUCACUCCCUCUUCUCGUCUCAAUGUGCACUGACUUCCUUUUGUGUUUCUGUGACAGGACCUGAGUUUUAAUAUGUAAAUUGUCAGCCAUAGCAGCACAUUAAUGUCGAUGUGUGUGUAUAUAUUGAAGAACAACUGCAAUAGGAAUAAUAUUUUAGCAUUCAACUGAGAUUGGACAGUUGUGUUGAAUGGCAGUGUGUGUAAAUGUGGUUUUGAACUGCAGCUUUGAAACAUCCAGUGUUUGAGAUUUGUAUGCACUCUUCUUAUUAUUAGGAGUAAACACACAAGAUGAAGAUCAAUGUCAACUAUCAUUAUUUGAAUUGUUGACAUGCUAUCACAAAGGGACUGUAAACCACUUGUUAAAAUUAUGAAAUCGUGGCAAUGUCGAACAGUCGAAGGAUUUGUAUAGUUAUGAUACAAGUUGCUAUUAACUAAUGAACUAUUGUUGUAUUUGCUAACUGCAGUAACUUUAUUACUCAUUCUCAGGUCCUCUCCUGUGUUUGUCAAGUACACCAAAAAUAUGUUGUUCUGUUCAGUGAACUGGUGAGCUCAUCUCUGUGAGUCGGUCUUGUUAGUUCCCGUUUGUCUUGGGUUUUUUUUAGACUGAAUGAGAGUAUUUGUUCAAACGUCUCUGAAAUGCUUUCACACCCAGAUGCCUCUGAAGUACCACACACAAGCCUUUACAGUAUUGUUUUCAAAGUGCCUUUUAUUUCAAUACCAUGUUCUCUCCCAAUGCUGUUUAUGAGUUAUUUAUUAAAUAAAGUACAAGUAAGUGUC